AUGAUAGAGAAAGAGAAGAAGCAGGAGAGAAUGCAGCUAGAGAUGGAGAGACAAGUCAAGGAGGAGGAACGAAAACAGAGAGAGAUGGAAGAGGAAAUGAGAAAAGAGAAAGAACUGGAAGAAUUGAAAGCCAAAGCUAAAGAAAAGGCAAGACUGAAAGAGCAGGAAAGAGUGAUGGAGGAGAUGAGGAGAACAGCUAAAGAGGAAGAAAGACUGAUAAAAGAGAGGGAAGAAAAAGUGAGAGAGCAACAGAAAAUAAUGAAUGAGAUGAAGGCAAGAGCUGAGGAUGAAGAAAGAAAAAAUAAAAGGAUGGAAGAGGAGGAACUAAGAAAACAGAGAGAAAGGGAGGAAUUCAGAAAAGUGGCUGAAGAGAUGGCCCAGAAGUGGUCUGAGGACAACGAUACAGAGAGCGACACGGACUCAGACGAUCCAUGGAUGGACGAGGAGGAGAAGGAGAUGAUCUUGGAGGCACGCAGGAGACAGGCACAAAUAGCAGACGAGAGAAAAAGAAAUGAAGUAAUGCCAAAACUGAGAGAGAAGGAAAGAGUGAUGGAGGAGAUGGAGAAAAAAGCUGAAGAGGAAGAAAGUCUGAAG